AUGAGUUGCACUUACUCAUAUCCCACAUCUCACACAGUGCAGAAAACAUUCUGGGUUAUUCACUGGAACAAGCAACAGGAGCCUGAGGACCUGUCCAAGGACCCAGAGUACUCUCACCGUGUGGAGUACCUGGGGAAUCAGAACAAUGAGUCUUCAGGUGAAAGUGACAGAGAAUGGGGAACACUGACCUGUAGCAGCACCUGCACUUUGAGUGGCAGCCCAACCUUUACCUGGUACAAGAAUGGAGAAGUUGUGCCCUAUGAGUAUAAAUACUCCCUCAGUUUAGCCAUCACUGAUGAUACAGAUCUCUACUCCUGUGCUACAGGAGGAGUCACUUCCCCUGCAGUCAAUGUGAAAUGUGCAAAGGUUGAAAUAACAUUUACCACAGUGAGUGAGGGAGAGCGGGUGACACUAACCUGUAAAAUCACCUGCACUCGCCUGACUGGCAGCCAAACAUUCAUCUGGUACAAGAAUGGACAAUCUCUACAAAACAACGCCCAGAAAAAUCAAAAUCAUAAGUACCUUCAGUUCAUAGCCAGCAGUGGAGAUGCAGGCAGCUACUCCUGUGCAGUAAGAGGCCAUGAGAAUCUCCUCUCCCCAGCAGUGACUCUCUAUGCUCCCAAGAACACCUCAGUAUCAGUGAGCCCUUCUGGUGAAAUAGUGGAGGGCAGUUCAGUGACUCUGACCUGCAGCAGUGAUGCCAACCCACCAGUGCACAAAUAUACCUGGUUAAAGAAGACUGGAUCUGAAUUCUCGAGGAGAGGAACAGAACGGAGUUACAUUAUUAAAAACAUCACACUGCAGGAUGCAGGAGAAUACUACUGUGAGGCAGAGAAUGGGAUUCGGGCAGAAAGAUCUCCUCCUAAACGUCUUGAUGUGCAGUAUGCUCCCAAGAACACCUCAGUAUCAGUGAGCCCCUCUGGUGAAAUAGUGGAGGGCAGUUCAGUGACUCUGACCUGCAGCAGUGAUGCCAGCCCACCUGCGCAGAUCUACACCUGGGUUAAGAAGAAUGACACUGGAUUCUGGCAGGCAGGAUCUGGACAGAGUUUGAACUUUUCUAACUUUGGAUCCUGGAACAGAGGACAGUACUACUGUGAGGCACAGAACAGACUUGGAGCUCAGAAUGCUUCUGCUCUACUGGUCACAGUGCAAGGUGGUCAGUCACUGAUCGCGGCUGCAGCUGUGGGAGUGGCUGCCAUUUUGGCUCUUGUGUUUCUGGGUGUUGUGUGCCUGAGGAGGAGACAAUCAACAAAUGAGACAGAAGGGGACAGGCAGGGGAAUAAAAGUCCCAUUUAUGGCAACGUCUCAGGGAUGGCAAUGAGUCACACUGCAACACAGGGUACAGACAGAGACGACGGUGAAGUUCCCCUCUACUCCUCUGUUCAGCCCGCUAACACCCGCAACCAGGAGCAGGUUCUGUACUCCACUGUUCAAAAGCCACUCCCCCAGUGUGAGGAGGGUGUUCAGUACGCCAGCAUCCAGUUCCGCCCCUCCAGUGCUGCCCCCAGGUCACCAGCCCCAUCCGUAAAGGAAGACUGUGUUCUCUACAGCACACUUCGAAAACUGGACAUGUGAAAAUAAACCAGGAAGAUAUCUUGCUUCAUAAACUGUGGACCAAUGCUGGUUAUUCAAUGUAAAUUUGGACAUUUCUUUUAAUGUGUGAGCAUUUCCUGUGUUUUUCCUUGAACUUUAUACAGCAAAUUGUCUGCAAAGUAAUCCUCAAGCGGUAUGAACCAAACAUUUCCUUCAGUGGAUAAUACGUUUAAGAGUAUUUAUUAAAACUAGUGAACAUAAACUCUCCUCAUGAACUCAGGUCACAUGACUGUGCCUUUGUCACAUGACCAGGAUGACUGUGGUUAUUGGGUCUGCAAAGAUGUACUCAGAAUGGAUCAUUCCUUUGGCAUUCUAUCAACAUUUACAUGCAUAACAGCUUAUGUCUUCAUAUUGUACACAAAGUAUUAUCAAGAUGUUGGUGACUGAAAACCAUUAUCAUUGCUGAAUGUAUUCUUCGGCCAAAUAUACUAGAGAAUUGAGCUUUAUAUAUAAUUCAAUUUUUUAAAAUUUUUUAUUAAUACUUGUAUAACAUUUACAUUAUUAUGACAUUCCUGUGCACAUUUUGUGAUUAUAUUAUGCUUAUUACUGAACUGAUCCCAUCUAGAGUAUAAAUUCACAUGAGGUGAAUUUGUUUUUCACAUUCUUAGUGUUUAUUUUUUGUAUUGCUAAACGUUAGAAUUCAGAGCAUACCUUGAAUUUGUUUAAACAAUCAUUCAAUGAAACAAACAAAAUAAACCUAUGCUUGAAGAAUUUUGUAAGUAAACCGUGUACUGUAGGUGUUACCCCCUGGGUUCUACUGAUGGAAUAGAACAUGUGCAGGUAAGGCACUAAACAGGUACUUUAAAAAAACAUCCCACAGGGCCUGCUGGAUUUCCAAAUGAAAACAAGGCUAAUAUAUAUAUAUAUAUAUAUAUAUAUAUAUAUUAUAUAUAUAUAUUUAUAU